CUGCCACGCUCCUGCUCCCCCUCCCUCCCUCUCUCUCUCUCUCUCCCUCUCUCGCUCCGCUGUUCACAUUCCCCUGAUAGAACUACCAAGAAAAUACUCGCACAUUCAAUUGCAAACUACCGUCGGACAACAUGGCUUCAGGAGUUACAGUGAACGAUGAAGUCAUCAAAGUCUUCAACGACAUGAAGGUGCGAAAGUCCUCAACCUCGGACGAGGUAAAAAAACGCAAAAAGGCAGUGCUGUUCUGUCUCAGCGAAGACAAGAAGAAGAUUAUCGUAGAGGAAGGCAAGCAAAUUCUGGUUGGCGAUAUUGGAGAGACUGUGGAUGAUCCCUAUGCCUGCUUUGUAAAGCUCCUACCUCUUAACGACUGCAGAUAUGGCUUGUAUGAUGCCACUUACGAAACAAAAGAGUCCAAGAAAGAAGACUUGGUAUUUAUAUUUUGGGCCCCUGAGGGAGCGCCAUUAAAAAGCAAGAUGAUUUAUGCUAGCUCUAAAGAUGCCAUUAAAAAGAAGUUUACAGGUAUCAAACAUGAGUGGCAAGUCAACGGUUUAGAUGACAUUCAGGACCGCUCUACCCUGGCAGAGAAAUUGGGAGGCAAUGUGGUUGUAUCUUUGGAAGGGCGACCAUUGUAAACAGAAAAGACACGUGCCAUCUGGAUUCCACACGCUUUCUAUCUUAGCAGCUGUAUCUAUCUUUUGACCCCGAAGGAAUAGUUUAGGUUGUCUGUUUUUUUUUUUUUGUUUUUUUUUCCUUUUCUUUUCAUAUUAAGGAGAUCUUGUAAAGAUAUACAAAGAAUCUACCAGUUUAUUGCCAGCUGACUUUUUCAAAUUCUGGUAGUUUUUUUUUAUGUCCCCAAGAAAGUUCUCAUAAAGUGUUUUGCCAAACAACAUUGGAAAUCAUCAGUAUCACACAGUAUCAGUACUUCCCAUACCAGCGUUUAUCUUUUUUGAUAUAUUCACAGAGAUACUACAGCAAUCUUCUACUGUAAUAGACAUGCGAGAAUGCUUUCUGUUAAUGCUUCGCACGGAUGCAUUAACCAAUAGCAAGCACUUUGCACUCUUGAGUUUUGAACUAUUUAUUUGAACUGUUCUACCUAAUCUGACUCAUUUGACAUGGCAAACACAUUUAAUACUAUGCAGAUUUGAAAGCACUUUUUUGUUUAUACACUACAAGUUGAGACAAAACUGUUAAGGGGACUGUGGAAUUUCUGUGUUUGUCACCGGAUUGAAGUUACCACACUUUUCAUUCCUGUUAAUACAUAUGGACAAAGACAGAUACAUAUUAACUGUUCCGUUGCAGCCUUACUUUCAUUCGAAUGUACAGUACACCACUGAAUAAGAAGAAGGGGGUGCUGCUUGGUUAUUGUUUUUUUAAUCACUAAAAAGAAUGCAAAAUAUCUGUAAAGAUGGCAAUAUCUGCAGUCGCAGCCUUAAAUGGAACAUUGUUUUUGAGAUUGGUGGAGUUGCCACUUUGCAAUAAAACCUUGUGGCAUACCACAUG